CAUGACUGGCGUUGUAGGUUAUCGUGAGGAUAUCGUCGCGGAACUCAAUAGGUGGUAUGAUGAAUGUAUGAGAAUACACACACGCACUUCAAAAAUGUCACUGAGGCUAUGCAAGCAAACUAGUGAAAUUCAUACGACCUAUAGUGAAUUAUUGAAAUGUAGUAACUCGAAUACCCCGAAAAAUGAUGGAUAUGGCAAUCAUAACUCAUACUGGAAAUAUUCAGAAUCCCCGGAUUCUAUGAAUAAGCACACAGUUCACCAACAAUCAUCACUAUUCGUCUUUCUUGAUUAUUUCACCAUAAAUAUUUCAUGUAAUAAUAUUGCUGACUGACUUUAUUCUCAUACAGAAAAUUGAAGACAAAUACCAGGAUGAAUGUCAAAG